AUGGCAUCUCCUAAGGAUGCCAUGCCAUGGGUGGGCUUGUAUAUUUGUGGAGCAUCUUUGCUUUGCACGCUUGCGAUGGCCGUCGAUGCCAUCCAAGGUUUUCAUAAACGAAACCUCUGGUUUCCAUGCAAAUUUUUCACCAUCAAUGCGGCUUCAAUCACACUAAUAGCGAUAGCAAUGAAGCUACCCGUGGAUCUAACUACCGGCAUGAGUGAUGGCCAUAUCGAUUCUAUGGAAAACGAAGGGAGCUUUCUUUUCUUGUUAACCAUGUUAGCCAACUUUCUCCCGUCUUUAGGGCUUAUGAGCGGCAAGGAACUUAUCAUGAACAUCAUAGCACUCGGUCUCCUCAUUAUCACCAUUAGUGUGAAUGUAUGGAUCAAGUACUUUGCGGGUGUGGUAUUAUUAAGCGCUUUCGGAAUCAUAUCUUUUAUAUUUCCCCUUAUAUGGACAUUUUCGGUAGCUUUGGAAGUUCCAGCGACUAGAAGAAUCCUAGAGCAUCGGCACAAGGAGUUUUGCAAGUUAGAUUUAACUCACCAAAAGAUAAACUUCUCGUCCAAGGAACUCGUACAUUAUGUCAAGAAGUACUGGAUGAUGGCACAAACCGGUAAUCCCCAAUUCGUGAUUGCUUGUUCACCGGUUUCUUAUGCUCUAGGGGUUUUGUGCUUAUUUACCGUCAUUUACGUAAGUAUUUUUUUAGUGCACCAUAUGAGGUAUACAUCAAAUUUUUGGGAUGGAAAAUCAGAUUAUAAGUGGUCAAGCUAUGCCAUUUAUGCUGUGCAAUUAUUUGGGAUUGUAGUAGGUUGUAUAGCACCCCUUUUUAGAUCUUUCACUGUUAUGAUCUAUUUCAACACCAAAAGACCGAGCUUGAACUAUCUAAACGUGUUUAGAGUCGAAAAAUAUUGGACCCAAAGCCUUCAACGGUGGAAACACAUUCAUAUACGUUCACAUAUCCCAGGCCGCCGUUGCAAAAUAGUUUUCCAUAAUUUCAAAAACAUGUUCUUAAACAUUUGCAUACUUAUUCAGAAAAUGGUUGUGGUCAUAUGUAAAAUAGUAUGCGUUGUUCCAACGUCUUUUGUUGUUUUAUUCUCUUGGUGUUCCGCUAUUUGCAAGCCAUUUUUUGAAAGGUUUAAAAAUGAACCAAAUGCAUCCGACAACAAUGCAAGAUCGGAGAUAGAAAAGUACGCUAGCUAUAUUCUACAAGUCGAAGAUGAGGCAAAGAUUUCAAAGAAAUUAUUACAAAAUAUGCUUGACUCUAUGAACCGAAUUCUGCAAGAGUCUAAGAAAAAGGAGCCACGAAAUCUUAUAAAUCUUCUAGAAAAGUCUACAGGUUUCAAAGGAAUUGUGGCGUUCGACAAUGACCAAGUCCCACCGUUAUAUCUAGAAGAAACCCAUAAUUCCUGGAGCCUAGUAGUAGUGACAUUAACAGCCAUUGCCGUUGCACUUCCGAACGUUGCAAAUGACCAUGUUAAAGGGUUGCUUUCUAGCAUAAGGGAAGGCCUCCACAUUGUGAAACAUAUUGAAGAAAGUCUCAAUACAAAUGCUGACUUGGUAAAGGCAAGAAAAUCCGCUAGAUGGUUGUGGACAGAAGUUGAAGUAUACAACCGGUGGCUACACAUUGAGCUUCAAAACAAGACGUGUAACGCAAAAACGUCAAAGGAGAUUCUUCAAUGGUUGUGUGACGAAGCAGUAAAAGUUGUGAUACGAUUCAAGAGCUGCAAAGGGGGCAAUCUAGAUCACUCACUUCAUAAGUUUAUAGCAGCGAGUUCCAUGUACAAAAUCAGUCAAACCAUACUGCUCGAGUGCAACGAGCAAAAAAAUUGGCCAAAUGAUGAAGAACUUUUCGAGCGAAUAUCAACUGUUAUCUCGGACCUAUUAUGUGCUUGUUUUACCAACUUACCACGUGCCAUAAAAACGAAGUGUCAUCAUGAUGCUAUGGAGAAACGGGCAGAUAGUAUUUGGUCUGCUGCUCAACUUCUUGGCAAAUCGAAGAAGAUCCUUAAGAUCCUUAAAGCGCGCCAACUUCCUAACUUAGAUCCAGACUCGAUGGCCUACAUCGAUAAAUGGCGUGCUUUACUAAAGACUGAAAUAGCCUAUGGUUGUGAUUCUUCUGAGGGGGCUCAACUAGCUUCUUCAAGUUCUAAUGAAUCGCUCAUUGUAACCGUUGUGUAA